CACUGUACCAUCCUCACGCCCGCUUGCCGUCUGGCGAAAAUGCUAUGACGCGCACUCUUUCGUCUUCCUCCUCCCAUUCCUCGACCUGCAUGCCCGUCCCCAAGUCCCAGACUCGAAGUGACCCAUCCCGUGAAUAGUUGGCGAUGACUUGCUGCCCAGUAGACAGGUGUCAGUUGUGGCUGAUCUCGUUAUUUGCUUUGACCCUUCGGUCAGGAAUCGCCGCUGAAUUCUCGUGCUUCGCAGGGGCUCGAUGUCCAUCAUUUUGGUUUCAGAAUUCACUCAACGGGUGCAUCAGCUCUUACUAUCAAUUACCGCACGAAUUCAACAGUUACUCAGAAACCAGAUGCACUCAACUAAAGACGAGUGUGAGAAGUUGGUCGACGGAGUGGAUGUUUCGUUUGAAAGAGAUUCAAGUCAGGAAGGAGGUCGUUGUUCAAGUCUCGUGUUCGCUUCACAGCUCCAGCACUGGCUGUGCAGAUGAAGCACUCGACGCUCUGCUUCCACAACAUGCCCACUUCCUUCAUCCCUCACCAUCGCGGUCCUACGAUUCCGCAAGCCUGCAUUCCUGUAUUUCUCUAUUCUGUAAGCGUUUUAUUGACAGGGUUGGUUGACAAGCGUGAAAGGCCUGUACCAUCGAGCUCGUCGCUGGCCGUAGGGAAUUCCAAAGCUUGCUCAUGCGCAGUCAAUCCUCCCAGGUGUUAGGCGUGGUGCCAUUC